AUGAGUCAAAAGGAAGGCUCCGGUGAAAUUCAAAUCUCUGCUUCCGGUGCUCGUCUUAUGAAGGUUAAGCAAGAAGCUGGAGAGAAGAUGAAGAAGGAUGCCAAGAAGAAGAAGGCUAAAGACUCGAUUGGAGCGAGAGUCAAGAGGAUGAAGAAGAAAGAUGGCAAGAGCACCUCCUCUGGUCCUCACUCUCCCUCGCUGUUGAAGAGUCAGGAUGUCGUUAAUCUCGUCGUCCAAGCUCAGGGCAAGAGUAAUCUAGCCAGGGCUUGUACUGACGACGAAACCCCUGAAACUCCGGAGGGUUGGUUAUGUAUUCACGAGAAAUACAUCUCCAAAUGCCACCUUAGGUUCCCUCUCCCAACCCUCUUGCUAGAUCGCAUAGAUCACUAUCAACUGGCCCUUUCCCAACUUUGCCCCUCGGUUAUCCAAGUGGUGAACGGAUUCAUCACCAGGGGUAAGGAAGAAGGAGUCAUCGUAGGGUUGAGUGAGCUGAUGAGUCUGUUCCUGAUAAAGGAAAGCUCUUCCAAGGAUGGUGGAAGCGGGACCUAUUACCUCUCCUGUCGUCCGGGGCUAGGCAUUUUUAAGUUCUCAACCAGUGAUGAUGACUGGCGAAAGAAGUAUUUCUAUGUCAAGAUCGACCCUUCGACGGUUCCUAUAGGCAGAGACCUCAGGGCCUCUUGGUCUGACAUUUCUGAGAUUGAGGAACAUGUCAAGUUAUCUGGUAAACUUACCAGAGCUCUCUAUAGGAAGCUGCAGCACAGCCCUAAUACUUGGGGAGCUUAUACUACUUUGAGAGUUGGAUCAGCUAGGUUCCCUGAACGAGACAAGGCUUCCUUUCCUGAUUCUGGUCACGAUUCUCCUUAUGAUUCAGUCUCUGAAGGUGAAUCGAUAUUCUCAGUCUCGUCGGGAGCUAGCACCUCAGAAAGGACUCAGUCGCACAAGAUGCCUAUCCAGCCCUCGUUCUGUUCCAGGGGUAGAUCGACUAAAGCUGCCAGCUCCUCUAGAGGAAGCGACAAGAAUCAACGAGGAUCCUUCCUUAGCACGGUGAAGGAUGUCCUUGACGAUGGAGGCUCUGCUCCUGCCAAAGAUACCAGUCGCUCCGAGCCCAAGGUUCAAGAAGUUGUCCCUCACCCUGAGGUCCCGGAGGUGGAAGCUGAUCCUCAAAUAGUGAAGGAUACUCACGAGUUUGAGCCUCCGAGGAGCAAGAGGUCCAGGACCGACCAGAUUGACAGACCUUCCAGGUCUUCCUCUUCUUCCUCUAAAGGAGCAACCAUCGGCUGGAACUUUACUCACUCGAAGCCUGGAUCAGUCUUGGAUGACUCAUGGGGUCUGGCUACACUGAUGAGGCACAUGAAGAGAACCGGGUGCGCUCUCCCCUCGAUCGCCAACCUCUCAAACAAAGAGGAGUACGUUGAUAUUGCCCAUUACAUGGGUCAGGUAUGGGCUCAGUUCAAGUUUGACGAAACUGUGCACAAUGCCCCCAACGCUGGUGAGCUAGCUCAGGUUACUGAGCUAGUCAGAGCUACUAAGAUGGAACUUGAUCAGGCUCGGGUUCAGGUCUAUGAACUUCAAGGCGAGGUCAAGAGACUUGGCUCCAAGGCCGACAUUCAGCAAGGGACGAUCGAGAGCCAAAUAGCCGAGUAUCAAGUCAAGGAACUGAUUGCUUCGUCUCAAGACAGCCAGAAGAACAAGGAAGCUGAGGUCAGGCUAGCCGUUAGGAGAGGAAAAAGGGAGGUAGCUGACGCUUUUAACAAGGUCCUGGUUUCUGUCAAGGAGAAGUUCUCCAGGAAGAAGGAUGAAUUCGAUCUUCUGGUUUAUGCUCAAGAGCUUCAGGCUAAUACCGAGCUCCUGAAGGACAUGCUGGACAACGAGGUCAAGAGUGCUGAAGAUGAGUACGCUCGCUUGGUGGCUAUGAUGCCGGAAGCAGUUGCUGCGUACGAAAAGGCUCAAUACGGUUCUUUAGGAUUGGUGGGUUCUUACUCAGCCCCAAUUGAAGCCACCCCGGGAGACGGCGAUAAGGAAAUCGAGGAGGAAGUUCCUGACAAUGAAGAUGAUCCGGUUGACAAGGGAGCUGAGAAGAGCUCUGGUGGUAAGGAGGUUUAA